UCCUCGCCCAGGUCCCCCCAAAACGGUCCCCGCGCCCGCCCCGGCCUCAUUUGCCCCCGGAUCCGGCGGGGAUGCGGCCCCAGAGAGGUCCCCCCCGCGCCUCUCCGCCCCAGACGGUGAAGCAGCUGCUGAAGGAGCUACGGCAGCAGAAGAGCAGGGAAGGGGCGAGAUCCCCGGUUUUGGCUGUGCCCUCUCCGCUCCCCUCGGAUGGCUCUCCCUGGCCCGUUGUCCCCGCGGUGACUCCCGGCCUCUGUGAGGUCCCACACGUGUCCCAUGGCAGCCCGGGAGGGGCCCAUGGGGGAAGGGUCUCCGGUCCGAGGGGGCUUCAGGCUGCUGCCAUCCCCGGCCCUGCCUGGCCCCAUCCCGCAGUGCCGUGGGGACAAUUUGGGGCCUCCCUGCUGGGAAGGGAGAUCCAAGAGCCGUACCCUGAACCCCAGGACCUGGCAGCCGCCCGCGCUGUGCUGGGGGGCCGAGACCCCCGGGAGCUGCUGUGGCAGGACGAGGAGGGGGACACGCUGCUGCACGUGCUCUGUGCCGGGGGACAGUGGGCGCUGGCCCGGGCUGCGGCCGAGGCUCUGCGGGACCUGGGGGGACUCGAGCUGCGGGAGCACCUGGGCAAGACUCCCCUGCUGGUGGCAGCAGCAGCUGCAGCCCCGGAGAUUGUGCGGGACCUGCUUGUCCUGGGGGCCAACCCUGAUGCCGCCGACCACGGGGGCCGCACGGCGCUGCACCUGGCUGCAGCCUAUGGGCACCCCGAAAUCCUCCAGGCCAUGAUGUCCUCGGGGGUUCCUGUCAACGUGGAGGCCAGAAAUUUUGAGGGCCAGACCCCUCUGCACUGCGCUGUCCUGGCCCACAACGCCUCGCUGCAGGGAGGGCACAGCCCCGUGGGGGGCUCUGCAGGGGGGUCCCCCACUCCCCAGGACCGAUUCCGCUGUGUGGAGCUGCUCCUGCUGAUGGGGGCAGACAGCAGCAGCCAGGACACCAAAAGCAGCCUGACAGCUCUGCACCUGGCUGUGAGGGGAGGCAACCUUGCCCUGGCCCACCUGCUGCUGCGCCAGCCUGGCAUGGCCCCCCGCCUGGUCAACAUGAAGGCCCACGGGAACACCCCCCUGCACAUGGCAGCAGCACUGCCUGGCACCCCCAGCCAGGAGCCCCUCGUGAGGCUGCUCCUGGCCUGGGGGGCCGACCCCAGCGCCCGCAACCUGGAGCACGAGCUGCCCCAGAGCCUGCUGCCCCCGGGGGCCCCCGGAGAGCAGCUCCGCCUCCUCCUGAGGAGCCGCCGGGGGUCCCAUCGCCCCCCGCCCACCGCCGAGUGACGUCAGAGGGGCGGGGUCUCCCCGGUAUCAGAUGAGGGGACACCCCCAUAUUGGGGGAUUGAACUUUUCCUGAUUUCAAUGAAAUUGCCCCCAAAUUUCUGUGAAAUGAGUCUGAACCACAUUGGUUUGGUGGGGGGAGGAACACGGAGGGAGUCGAGCUCCCCCUUGCCCUCCCCCUCAGCCUCAUUAAUGGGGGCUGCUAAUGAGGGGCGUCUCCUCUAAAUUGGGGAAUUUGGGUGGAACAUGCCAAAUUGGAGAGGAAACCCAAAAACUGAGAGAAUUCUGGAAUUAAAUAAAAACUUCCUUAAAAUCUGA